UCUAAUUUAUUUAUCCAAAUGCCUUAAAAAAGUCUUGCAUACGAAGUCAUCCCCUUUGUCUCCCACUGUUGCUUCUCCGCUGAUCUGCUUUCAUCCGUUUCUUCAAUCGAAAUUUUGAUUCCAAAAAAUGGGUGGAAGUGCUAUCAGUGAUGAUUGGGAGUUCACUUCACCUUCAAAUGAAGUUCGUACCAUAGUUUUGGUUGGACGAACUGGCAAUGGAAAAAGUGCAACUGGCAAUAGCAUUCUUCAAAAGAAGGCAUUCAAGUCUAUGACUAGCUCUGCUGGUGUUACUAGUAGUUGUGAGCUGCAGACAACUGUGUUGCAAGAUGGCAAGAUACUGAGUGUCAUUGAUACUCCCGGAUUGUUUGAUUUUUCUGCUGAACCAGAAUUUAUUGGAAAAGAAAUUGUUAAAUGCAUCGAUAUGGCAAAGGAUGGUAUCCAUGCUGUUCUUGUAGUUCUUUCUGUUAGAUCUCGAUUUUCAAGAGAAGAAGAAGCUGCUGUUCAGAGCUUGCGGAAAUUCUUUGGUAGCAAAAUUAGUGACUAUAUGAUAGUAGUUUUCACCGGUGGAGAUGACCUGGAAGAAAAUGAUGAAACAUUGGAGGAUUACUUGGGUCGUGCCUGCCCAGAGCCUUUGAAGGUAGGCCGGAAUUAUUGUUUAUCAAGUGUGUUGUGUAAUGCUCUUAACAGGUUAAUAAUUUUGAAUUUUCUAUCUAGUCAAACUCUUGUAAAUAAGCUUGGUAAACAAAGCAAAUUACCUAGGAACUUAUUGUUCUACGAAGCUUUAGUAUUGAAAUGUGGGCCAAUCAGUGUUAAAACAGACAAAUUUAAUGCCAAUAUAAAAGAAAUUUGUAUGAAUUUGACUAUUUUCACUCAAAGAACCUUCUUAUCGGUUGAGUCGAAGCUAAAGGAGACUACUCAAAGGCUUGAACAGCAAUUGGCCGAAGAGCAAGCUGCUCGUUUGAAGGCAGAAGCGAAUGCACAAGCUGCUCAGGUGAAAUCUGAUGAUGAAAUACGAAAGCUGAGAGAACAUCUAGAGAAAGCUCAGAGGGAGACUGAGGAGCUGCGAAAGCAAGCUGUCAGUGGCAAAUGUUCUAUUUUGUGAUGACGAUUGAGAUUAUAAGGUUCAUGUAUAUAUUAUUGGGGAGAAUUACAUAACUUUAAAAAGUGACUUAUUCCCCUGCUCGAAGUUCUUAUUCAACAUUUAUUUGUUAACCGUGGAAUUAAUCAUGUAGCAUGACUGUUGACCAUGAAAGAUAA